GCAGCCCCGUGUGCGAUCCAGCGGCCCAUCAGCACGACUACCAUCAAGGCCGACCUCUGCUUGAACCUGUGCGCUUACAAUUGUAGAUCCCUUAAAGCCGCCGUCAACUUCAAGUCGGGCAAAGGCAAGGCGGCCAGCAAAAACAAGCAGAGCAUCUCCAAGGUUACGCACCUGGCGGCACAGUUUUCGGAUAUGGGCCUACACGCGGUGGCCCUCCAGGAGACGCAGAACGACGGAGACGUCCGCAACGUUGGAGAAUAUGUAUGCUACUCCUCAGGCCACACGCAGCAGAACAGAGGAUGCGACAUUUGGCUCAACGUCUCCCAGCCGAUCAGCGUGGGUGGGGUCGCGAGGUACCUAAGUGCCAAAGAUACCCUGGCCCCCCGCCAGCACGACAGGCUUUUGAUCAUCAAGACCCGCGUGGCAGGCACGGACGUGGUCACCGCCUCGGCGUAUGCCCCCCACGAAGACUCCCAGGCGGCAGAGAAGACAGAGUUCUGGGAGUCUGCUCAGCGGUUGUCUGCCAAGUACCAUGUGGACAUCUUCAUGGGGGACCUGAACGGGCGUAUCGGCGAUUACGAGUCCCCAGGAGUUGUCACCGGUGGGUGCCCAGAACCGACCAACGGCAAUGGCAAGCACAUCAUUAGCUUCGCAGCCGACACCGACAUGGAGGUCAUCAACACCACGAAGGAUCCAGGAAACAAUUCCUACACGCACAUUGGAUCUAAGGGGCACUGUCACAGGAUCGACUACAUCCUGCUGAGCUCCUCCAUCGCCCCGUACGUAGCGAGCUGCAGCACGGGGCCAGGUCUUGACCGAGGCACCGCUGCACAAGACCACAUACCAGUAAUCGCCACCCUCAAGUGGGCCGUCUGCAAGACCACCAAGGCCUCAGGGCCGCGGCCUGACCUGGCCAACCUAAACAACGAUGACGCCAAGGCCAGCUUUAAAGAGAUUCUCAAGCAGGCCCCGAUCAUCCCCUGGGAGGUGGACGUCAACGCCCAUUGCGAGGAGGUCACCAGAGUCGUCAAUGACGCGGCCAUCCAGGCCUUCGGCAAGGCCGUCAAGGCAGCGAGGAAGUCCUACGUCACCAGGGCCACCAUGGGCCUAAUCCGUGCCAGGUCUGGGCUGAUCAUCGCCGCGGCCGUCGAGAAGGACCGUAGCGCCUUCCUCAGCCGGCUAGCCUCAACUGCGUCCUCCGCCUCUGCGGCGAACGACGCGGCGGCCCAGUGGCAGGCCGACCGUGACCUAUUAAGGCACGGCGGAAGGAAGGCGCGGUUUCCAGCAGGAAAGCCCAUGAGGCUCGACAAGGAUGGGGAGGUGGUCCACAACUCCCAGGACAUGGCGGACCAGGAGCUCAACCAUUUCGCCAAGAUACAGGCAGGCAAGAUCGUGUCUGCGGACGACCUUGCUCAGAAGUGCAACCAGGACAGCAAGACCAGGCCUUUCGACGGAACGCUGGAUCUCUCCAUGGUGAUGCCCCUGCACGUCUGCCAGGCCCAGUUCGCCGCGGCCAAGGCUGGGACGCAAGGAGGCCCUGACGGGCUCACGAACGCCGUUCUCAGGGCGGCUCCUGCAGAAGCAGCCGCGCUACUGCACCCCCUCUUCACCAAGGUGGCGACCGCGGUGCGGGAGCCGCUGAGCUUCAAGGGCGGGGAUCUAGUCGCCAUCCCCACAGGCAAGGGCGACCCCCGAUACCUCCUAGCCUAUCGCGAGAUCCUCUUGAACAACGAGGCCUUCUACUCGGUUGUCGCCCAGCUGGUACACGGCAUCCCAGGCGAAGAGGACGAAGUCAGGGAGGUGCUAGACAACCUAGAAGUUCCCCUAUGGGCCCAGCCGCAGCUGGAGCACCUCAUGGCCAACCCAGGGAUUCUCGACACAGUGCUGGAUGGCUCCCACCUGGCUGCCCUCAUCGCCGAAGGGUAUCGCGACAGGUGGACAUCGCACAGGUUCUCCCAGAGCUUCAUGGCGCCUCACAAGGGAACGAGGCCUGGCGUGCCCCUCGCCGACGCGGACUUCAAUCUGCUCUUCGGCCGAGUCCACCGCAUGAUCGACAGCUACCUGGCACAGCGAGGGCUCAGGGCCCAGG